CUCCAACUGACUCCCUCCUGCACCACUGCAGGCAACCGGAUCGCCUAUAAAAUUCCAGCAAAGCAUGUCCUGACCAUGACGGCCAAGAAUGAAGACCGGGGGUCUUCGACGCUGACUCCCUCCAAAGACGACUCCAUGGCCACUCCGUCCGCCCCGCGAGCUCCUCCCCCGGAGAAGCCAGAAGCCAUCCAGACGCGAUUCAAAGUGAUCGCUGCCUUCUGGGCCGUCAUUAUUUUCCUGGGGUUUCCGAUAUGGUGGAAAACGACUUCCAUCUACCGGGCUCGGCUGCCCAUCGAGGACAUGGUGGAUUGGGCCGAUGGAAAGAUCUGUCGUCCAGUAUUUCCACUCGAUAUCCGGUUCGAUGCCCCAUCUCUGCCAGAACCCGACGCGCAGCAUCUUCUCCGAUCGACGCAACACACCCUAGAUGACCUGAACGAGUUCUCCGCGCAUCACCUCCGACUCAAACUAUCCGACGAUAGAGAGGAGAAUGGGAAGGCCGACACCGCGUUGACAGUUCGCCUACUCGCGCGCGAUGACUUGACAGCGCCCCAGUCGGAGCUUCAUGCCGAUACAACCCAGCUAGAUGUUUAUUAUCCGCCCAGCCAGGUGCCCCCUCCGUCAUCCUCCAGCCCGCCAUUGUCGACGUAUAUCGCAGGAACACUCCAGAAUCUGUUCACGGAAGAGAAAGCCAUUGUGGCGCAUGUGUUGUCCGACAACAAUGUCGUGAGCGCAAACACCAACACUCCCGCCUCAUCGAACAACCAGCAACCCUCUGCGCUCCUCAAUUCCAUCUCUCCACAGCUGGCAGAGAGCAUCAGCCGGCGGUUGCGCCGCUCUAUGAAACACGCUGACACCUAUCACUUGGCCUUCUCGCUAUUUACGCCGGGCUCGCAACCCUCGUCCUGGGAUAUCCAGGCUGCCGUGGAGGAGUACAUCUCACCUCUCCUGCACGCCUACUCGCCUAUCAGUAACUUCACCGUCGACACUCAGGUCCAGCUCUACGCGGGCUUCUCGCCAACGGCACCCCUCCCGGAAUACGACGAGUCGCAGGGGGCUUGGACCCUCAAGACGGAAGAUCUCAGCGCUUUCAUCAAUGCAGCGGAAUGGCCUUUGAGUCCUAGUAUUGGCAGCGGUCCCACGAUCAACUUCAUUCUUUACGUGCCAGACCCCUCUCAGUCCCCGAUGGUCGUGAAAGAGAGCAGCGCAACCAGCUGGAUCAUCCCUCAAUGGGGCGGGGUGUUUCUCCUUAACCCUCCCUUGUCCAAGACCUCUGAGAAUCCCAGAAAUCCCUCGUCUCUCCCCCAGGAGUCUCUACGCCCGGCUUUCUUGACUUUCUCUCACCAGCUGCUGACCCUGUUGGGCGCCCCAACCACGCCAUCCUCUCUCCCCUUCCGUCUACAGACCCUUAUCCGCAUCCGCGCCGCAACCCUUCUUUUCUCCGCUUCGUCUACGAUGGGCUCUUUGGCCCGUCUUACCGAGUCCUUGCCCUCCAUCCCUAUUCCCGCCUCGGUUGCGACCUCCGUGUCUACGACCCUCACCCAUCUUACUUCCGCAUGCACUCAUCUACAAGAAGGCCGCUUUCACGCCGCAUUAAGCAACGCGCGCGUCGCCGAGUCGGAGGCCGAGCGCAGCUUCUUCGAGAAAAGCAUGGUCGGUCAGGUUUAUUUCCCCGACGAACACAAGGUGGCCGUCUAUUUGCCCUUGCUGGGGCCUAUUGGAGUGCCACUGGUUGUUGGAUUGCUUAAGGAAGUCAAGCGAGCACUGGCCAGUUGGAAGGCCAAGAGAGCACGUCAGUGAGGUUACCAGUUUAUAUCUAUCUUCGUACUGUAAUAUAGUAUGCUUGGU